GCCUUGCCAGUUAAAUAGACCGUCUAGAUCCUGAGUUCCAAUAAGUAUUUCGCUCAAUCAACUUCAGUCUUGACUUGUUCAUCCUCUAACUCCUCAUCCUCAAGACUUUGCUUCAAACUUCUGGAAGCUUUGCGGGGUAUUUCACGCUACAUUCCGAUAAUUCCGAACGUUGAUAGCAACGCAACAAGAACAUCACAAUGGUCAUUACAAUCACAGGUGCUGAGACGAGGGAUGUGCGGUUUCCGACAUCCCUUGACAAGACUGGUUCCGAUGCUAUGAACGCAGCGGGAGACUACUCUUCGGCAUACUGUAUCUUACAUACAGACUCUGAGUUCAAGGGUCAUGGCAUGACCUUCACAAUUGGUCGUGGUAACGAGAUCGUAUGCACUGCCAUCGCCUAUCUCGCGGACCGCAUCAAGGGCCACACACUUGACUCCCUUGUCGCCAACUGGGGAAAGACAUGGCGUCACCUAGUGAACGACUCUCAACUCCGCUGGAUCGGACCAGAGAAGGGUGUUAUCCAUCUCGCUCUUGGUGCUGUUGUAAACGCCAUCUGGGAUCUGUGGGCAAAGUCGCUCGGCAAGCCUGUAUGGCGUAUCGUAGCAGACAUGACACCACAGCAGAUUGUUGAUUUGAUCGACUUCCGUUAUAUAACCGACGCUAUCACUCCUGAGGAGGCGCUGGAGAUCCUCACCAAAUCUGAAGCUGGUAAGAAAGAGCGACUCGAAGAAGCUCUUAACAGCCAAGCCGUUCCCGCAUACACAACCUCUGCAGGUUGGUUAGGCUAUGGAGAGGACAAGAUGCGUGGCCUUCUCAAGGAGACACUGGAGAAGGGAUACAAGCACUUCAAGCUCAAGGUUGGAAGCGACAUUGCGCAAGAUAAGCAGCGCCUUAGCAUCGCACGAGAGAUUAUCGGUUUCGACAAGGGCAAUGUGCUCAUGGUCGAUGCGAACCAAGUAUGGAGCGUACCAGAGGCAAUCGAGUACAUGAAGGCGUUGAAGGAGUUCAAGCCGUGGUUCAUCGAGGAGCCUACCAGCCCUGACGAUGUUCUUGGCCACAAAGCCAUAAGAGAAGCCCUCAAGCCCUACAACAUCGGUGUCGCAACAGGAGAGAUGUGCCAAAACCGCGUCAUGUUCAAGCAGUUCCUCGCCUCAGGAGCCAUCGACAUUUGCCAAAUCGACGCCUGCCGUCUCGGUGGUGUCAACGAAGUCAUUGCCGUCCUCCUUAUGGCUGCCAAAUUCAACAUCCCCAUUGUGCCGCACUCCGGUGGUGUCGGUCUGCCAGAGUACACUCAACAUCUUUCUACCAUUGACUACGUUGUUGUCUCAGGGAAGAAGUCGGUGCUGGAGUACGUUGACCACUUGCACGAGCACUUUUUCCACCCCUCAAGAAUCGAGAACGGAUACUACGUUACACCUAUGGACCCAGGUUACUCGGUUGAGAUGAAGCCCGAAAGCAUGGACAAAGUGAGGAGGCGAAGCCAAUCUUGGAGGGCAUUAAGAUCUAAGUGUUGACUUUGCUAAUGAA